AUGAUGAAUUAAAUGAAAAUUAACAUAAUUAAUUAGAAUAAGAAAAUGAAAAAAAAAAUCAAAUUUUUGGUUAAUUAAUAGAAAGUAGAGCAAUUAGAGAAGAAAAACAUUUUGAUUUUUCAGAGAUUUAUAUUGAAAGCUUAAUUUAAUGUAUUGAAUUUGUUUUGGGAGCUGUAUCUAAUACAGCAUCAUAUUUGAG